UUAUCCUUGCCCCUAACACAUUCAUUCUUCAUUCACUCAGAGCGGGUCAAAACAAGUACUUUGGAAAAUUUUCCAGCUGAAAGUUUUCAAAAAGUUUAAAAUGGUUCAAAGAUUUCUCAUACAUGCUUAGCGUAGAUCUCUCCAUGAUCCGUUCCACAACGCUCAGUUGAGAACAAAUUAGUGACUGAUUAGAAGAAACCGGUCUGUCACUGGAGGCUUUCGUUGGUCGGCUUGAACAACAAGUGGAAGUAACAGUGCCACUUCCACUUUGUGGUGACCGAAAGAUGGAGGAGCUUCGGCAGAUAUCUAUGCCUGACUAUAACUUGCUUGAUUUUCGACUAUCCAGUAUUCAACCUGAAAAAAACCACAUAAUUUAUCACCCAUCAAGCAGCAUCCUUAACUUCUGUCUUCUCGAUUUAGUGAAAAGAUUUACUUCUACCGCGCCAUCAACAGGCCAUAUUCUGAUUGUUUCACCAUCCAAAUCAGGAUCUACACAGCUUAGGCAGUUUCUCAGUAGGCAUCUCCUUACAGACAGUAUUGGAUCUAGAAGAAGAGGAGACUCCGAUGGGUCCUGGCCAACAGUUAUCAUUACAGAAACCUCAUCCCUUCCUGCCAUAUUUCCAAACGGAUAUAAAAUCAAGCUGGACCUUAUUAUUGUGUUAGAGUGUCACAAUGCAAUAUUCAUGAUGCCCAUUAUUGAGCUUAUAGCGGAAGUUAAGGCAAUGAAGAAAGGACGACAGCCGCAGUUAAUCUGCUUUACGUCAUGCAUUGUUUCUGAUACAUGUAACUUGAACGAAAUUCAGGAUCAUGUGCGGUUCCUUGAGGAUUUUUAUGGUGGGGAGCUCUUGUCAACUUGUGACCAAUCAGCUAUGGAGAGGAAUUUCUCAACACCUAUUCAAACAAUUGACUGUUUUGAGAAACAAGAAAACUUAAGUGAUACAUGUUUGGAGGCUCUUCAUAUAUUGAAUAGUACCAAAGAAUUUUGCUCAAACUAUUUUCUUGAAUUUGAUGGGAAAAUGUCCAAAGGUCUUCUAGGUGAAUGUCAGAAACGCUUGGAUGAUAUUCUUUGUGAAAUACAGCAACAAAUGGAAGAGCUUGGUGAAUAUGGAGGAAGUAUUGCUGUGCUUAAUGCAUUCAAAGAUCUAGUUCGUCUAUACACAUUUGUUAGUAACCGUGAAGGACACAAUAUAAAGCUCUUGUUAAGCCAUUUGGUUUGUACUUUAGCCAAAUUCAGGAAGAUUUUAGAAGAUGACAUGUUUAGAGUUCAGGUGUCUGAACGUGGAGAAAGAUUUUCCUCUAAAAAGGUCCAGCUGGUUUUAAAUUAUCUUAAGGACUUGCCAAAAUCUCAUCGGGCACUGAUUAUUGUCAGAAAUCUCAACACAGCAAGCAACCUUACUUUGAUUCUUCAGAAAAUAGCUACUCUAGGAAAGAAGCAUUCCCACCGAACACCUGAACUGAUGAUAAAUUGUGCUUCUAUACCUGCCUCAGACAAGUGUAUUGACAUUCUUUCAUGGGAACGCAAUAUGGAAGUUUAUUCUAGGUUUGUUGAGGGGACGACAAAUACUGUAGUGCUUUGUGGUGAACUCCUUGGGCUAGAUCUGCCCAGCUGCGAUUUUGUCUUAAACUUUGAUGAUGUAGACAAGUUCUCUCACUUUUUGCUCUCAAAGAACUUGACAAAAAGUCAAAUUGGGAAGCAUGCUCUUCUUACAGCGAAGACAAAUCUUUCUUCAUUUGAGAGCAAGAUUGAAAGUUUUAAGGAGACUGAAAAGGAGCUUGAGAAGAUUUUGACUGGAUAUGAAUCAUUACCAUCCUCUAUUUCUGAUGGUUUUAGGACAGAAUUAGGCACUGAGAUUAAACCAGAUGAGUUAGUAAAAAUCAUUGAGAGAUAUUGUAAGAGUUUGCCACGGGAUAAGUUUACCCCAUGUUUUCCUGUGUGGAAAAUGAAAAAGUAUUCUUUUGGGGCAACCCUUUACCGAGCAUCUUUGUAUUUACCUAGAAUAUCUCCAGUUAAUUAUAUCAAGAGUGUCAAAGCACCAACAUGGUUAAUGGCUCAACAGAAUGCAGCUCUUAGUGCUUGUCAGGAGCUGUACAGGGUUGGAGAAUUGGAUGAUAACAUGUUAAUGUCAUGGCAAGCAACAAUGUACAGUGCCAGUAACACUGAGGAAUUUCAAGCAAGCACCAUCAAAAUUAAUUCCAAAAUUAACUUUGAACUAGAGCACGAGUUUUCUACGUUGGGUCUUGUUUCUAAAUUUGAUGACGGGACACCUUGUGAAGAAGAUGAAGAUAUUGUUUGCAAUUUAAUUUAUCCAUUGUCAUUAACUAGUGUCAGACCAAAACCAGAUACAGAAUUAUUCUUACAUAAGCUCAAAAUAUGGCCAGUAACUGAGGCUCCACCCAUGGGCGAUAUCAGAAAAACUGCUCUGUAUGAACUCUUGUGUGAUAAAUGCAGCUAUGCAAUCCUCUCAUCCAAGCCACUGUUGAAGGUAUGUCAGUUUCCCAUCUUCCUCUUUGGUCAUGAGCUAUCUGUGGAGGUUGAAGUCAAUGAGAGUAAGCUGAUGCUAGAUCGGGCUGAACUUGGUCGUUUAGGAAUGUUCCACUGCAAAUUGUUCAUGAAUGUUCUACCCAUUGUUCAGAACUUCAUGCAAUUUGAUGUAUUCAAUGGACCAAACAGUUACCUUAUUGUUCCACUGACCUCAGAUGGCCUGAUUGAUUGGGUUGUAGUGGGAAGUGAUAUCUCAAAUCCUGAACCUCGUGAAUUCACACAUGAAGAGAAGGCACAAUUGGUUUGCACACCUGAAACACAUGAAAGAACUAUGGUUAAGCCAUAUUACAGGCAUCUGAUAAAAGAUCAGGUUUAUUUGGUAGCAUCUGUUUGCAUGGAUAUGAAUGCUGAUAGCUGUUUCCCAACUGAGGAUUUUGAUUCAUUCACUGACUACUACAGCGAAAAAUAUAAAAUCUUUCUAGAAAGACCAGAGUUGCCCUUGCUGGAGGUUUACUUGAUAAACACCAAAGUCAAUGGACUGCUACCCAGAGUGCGCUCCCAUAAAUUACGGCGUGAAGAAAAGAUGGAAGAUUUCCGGGAACACAUGGUUCCAGAGUUGUGCAUGCCUCUUCCAUUCCCAGCAGCGCUCUGGCUGAAACUCUCUACUCUUCCCUCUGUGUUGCAUCGGUUGAGCAGGCUGCUUGUUGUUGAGGAAUUUCGGAGGAUAAUUGCCAAGGAAAUUGGAUUCGGAGCCUCAGACAAUAAUGCACACAGCCUCCGUUUGAAUGUGCUGUCUGGAAAUGACGCACUUCAUCAUUCUAAAGUGCCCCCUUCAACAGUUAAGCGUGGAUUAGCUAUUGGAAAUGUCAAACUUGAAGAUCGUAAGAGAAAAGCUCAUUCCAACAAACCAUGGAAAGUGAAUCAGGAGCCAGUUGACAUACACCGUGAUAUAGAAUCUCUAAACUUUUUGGAAAUUCGUAUUUAUGAUGAAUUUCUUCUACGAAGUAAUUCUGUACCUCUUAGUACUAGUCAGGUGACUACUAUGGAUACUAAUGAGAUGUUGGUCCCAACCUCAGAAGAAAUUCCAUACUUUGACUCUGAAAACAAAGAUGAACCUCAUGAUGGGGACUUCACUGAUACUGCUUGUCUCUCUAAGCAAGAUGAAGUGCCUCCCAAGUAUUUGAAUUUGCUGAAGCCCUAUGAGGGAAACUGUGGGCCUCAACAGUCUGAGCUUUUAGAGGUAUUUACAUCCUCCAUUAGCAACGAUGGUAUAAAUAUGGACCAUAUUCAAGUACUUGGAAAUGCAUUUCUGACUUUGACUAUAUCAGCGUAUGCUUACAAGCAUUGUUUGAAUAACUCAAGCAGCUCAUCAAUCUCACUCCACCAGCUUCGAACAGCAUUCAUGAGUAAAAGUAACUUGGUUCAAUGCUCGGUUAGAAACCAACUCUGCAAUAGAAUUAAAGUUCUGGACUUUACCCCAGGAGAGUGGAUUCCUCCUAGCUUCACCACCCCUCCAAUGCUGAAGCAAGUGCUCAAAGAGCAAGGAAUCAGUCCUAGUGUCCUGCAACAGAUAUGUUUGACAGAAAUAGAGCAACUUACUGGAGUUAUUGAUGAAAACUCAGAAGAAGAGAUUCUAGAAGUUAUGUUAGGCUUUGUCGCCAGAAAUUCAAAUCGCCGAGAUGAGGCCUACAUCGACCACAACAGUGUCCCUACUCAAACAGCUGCCAAUUGCGUUGAGGCAUUAGUUGGAACUUAUUUUAAGAGUUGUGGUUGGCAAGGGGCUCUAAAAGUUGUGGGAUGGCUUCAACUUUUGCCAUUUUCUAAGGUUGAAGGGCUCCUUGACCAUGAAGAGGUGCAGGAUAGUGCUUCAACCUCCUCCCAUUCAAUUGAAUUACCUCUACCGCUAGAAUCUCUUGAACUCAGUUUAAAUUAUAGUUUUAAUGACAAGACACUUUUAGUGCAAGCCCUCUCUCAUGAAUCUUUUAUACACCCAUUGUUUCAAGGCACCAUGAACCAACUGGCUUUCCUGGGCUCCAGCAUUUUAGAUUUUCUUGUUACCUGCUAUAUUUUUGAGUAUUUGACGGAGCUAAAUCCUUCACAAAUGUGGCGAAUACGUGAAAUUGUUUCAAGCACAUCUACCCUAGCUUCCCUUGCUGUCCGACACAACAUUCAUAAAUACCUUCUUUUCAAUUCUUCAUCAUUGUUAGACGCUGUGGAUCGGUUUGUUAAACUUAGGAAAGGCUGUAAGGAUCCCAUUGAUGAUGAGGUUCAGCUGCUGUUAGAAGAACAUGAGUGUGAAACUGCUCUUCAGGUAGAGGUUCCUGCUGUAUUAGCUAGACUCCUGGAGUCACUUAUCGGUGCAGUUUACCUGGACUCUGGUAAAAGCCUCUCUCUCACAUGGGAAACUUUCAGGGCUAUUUUCCUUCCAGAGCUUGACAUGUGGCGGCAUGAUAUACCUCUUUCCGUUGUUGACCUUCUCAAGGAUCUGUCUCCUGCAGCACAUCAGGUUAUAUUCUCAAGUAAGAAACAGGAACAUGGUAGAGUAGAGGUAAUGUGCAAAAUUCUGAUGGACAACACACGUGAAGAAGUUUUUGUUGCUUGCGGUUAUGAUGAGUUGAAGACAAAAACUCAUGCUGCUAAACUUGCUCUUAGGAACCUUCUUGGAAUUACCACUUAUAAUUACUAGAAUAGUGGGAGGAACAAUCGUCAAUUAUUUUCUUUAUUGUACCUGAUCUUAUGAUCAGUGUUACACGACUGCCACUUGCGGCUUAGUUUAUAUUUUUCUAUAUUUUUAGUAGACAAUCAAAUAAUGUUUGUAAUGUCAAUUAUUUUAAAGAUUCUUUGAUUUUGUUACUGUUCUUCUUUAUGAGUUGUUUUACUGACAUAAAGAAAUCGUUUAAUCUCAUCCCUUAAUAUUUACUUAUGUGAAUUAACUGUCACACUUGUCAAGAAUAAACUGUGAUAUGAUAAUUUA